UUUUUUAUUUGCUUGUUUUUGUCAUUUCUUUUCACUUGCUUUUUGCUGCGUCCUCUUUGUUGUUAUAUCCUGGUACUUUUUUAGACAUUGCAUAAGUAUGCCAUUAUUUCAGUUUCGAAAGACCAAAAAAUCGGGUGAGCCUGGCGGUUCAACCGAUCUCAAAUUACGCAGAACCAAAUCCACAGGCAAUAUCAAAAACCCCAUCACGAUGCAAGUGACACCGGCGACGGAGCCUCCCUUGACAACAGCCGAGAGUGACAGUGCAAGUGUAUCGAGCAGCGGAAGUAACAGUCAAGAUGGGUUCCUGCACGUCCCGACCAUCUCAACGAGCACCCCGCUCAAUAAAUCGUGUUCUGAGCCGACCACGCCUCACGAUGACAGCCUCAUGUCGCGGUUGAACAGCCUUGGCACCAAUGACUUGGAACUUUUGUUGUCCCUGGAAACCCAGGCACGCCUGGAUGCUUUGGAUGAACGUAAUCGGAUGGCGGCGGCGGCUGCAAGUGAAUCUUUAGCGGCCCCACCGCGUCCAACGCGUCUAAAAUUCGAACUCCCGGUCACCCCUCCUCGUUCUCGAUCGCCCGCGCAGCAUCUCGCCUAUCCCCGUGCACGUCCAUACCGUUCUCUGCCGGAGCAAGGGACUCCGGUGCCAAUGGUAAAGAAAGAAAAGCCACGCCCAAGGCCUCGUUCCUCGCGUUGGAGUCGUCUUGUCCGCGGCGAUAACCAUGGGAACCAUGUCACAUCACACCAGCAAGAGCUGACCUUGAAUGCCAAAGUCAAAUUGGUUCGCCGUCCACUGCCGACUUUGGGUCAUAUUCGUUACAUCGGAAAUGUGGAUUUCGCUCCCGGAAAGGAAAUGUUUGGCGUUGAGCUCAUCAGCCGUGUUGGCAAUAAUGAUGGCUCCGUAAAUGGUAAGCGUUAUUUCAAAACCGACCCUCACCGCGGCAUUUUUGUUACCCGGGAGGAACUGGCACUUGUAUAACCAAAAAAAAAAAAAAAA